AUGGCUCUGAACCUGGCCGGCGAGUCUGUCCCCGGAGACUACAGGGACGCGCUCGGGACUGCCUGCUACCCCUCUUUCCACCCUCUCGCCCAGUACUUCGAAAAGGCCCCCGACUUCUUCCAGCCUCUAAAAUCCCUGGGCGGGAGGCUCCCCGCCUCCCCGCCUUUGCCCCAGUACAGCUUCACCAGGGCCCCCGCUUUCCUGAGCCAGCGGCUCCCUCUGCCCGCAGAGCCCUUUCCCCGCCUCCCUUUGCCCCACUACGCCAACCCGCAGGACCCCUUCUCUCCCAAGGAAGACUCGCUCGUCGGGGCAGGGGCCCCUCGCUCGCCGCCACCGCUCUACUUGAGCCCCCCGCACAAGGCUGCCCGCAGUCCGGAGGCCGGAGUGCCGGCGGGACAGAGCCACAGGUACCACUUCACCGAGGAGGAGCUCAACGCGGUGCUGUACGGGGCGCUCUGGAGCAGUCAGCUGGCCGGGAGCAUCCACGCUAUCUCGGGGCCCAGGCUGCCCCCCGCCAGCACGGGUAAGGGGGUCUUCGGCUUGUGCUUUUCUUGCAUUACGACCCCACGCCGGGAAAAACCGGGAGUGAUUCGGGCUUCGGCCGCCGUCGGGCCCAGCAGGACCCGCUCCCCCUGCCCCGCUGCGCCUGCACUGCCGGCUGAAGAAGGGAUCCCUCUUCUGCAGGUGCUGCGGACUCCUUCUCUGCAGGUGCUGCGCAGUUCUCCUACGCCCCGCUGCUCAACAGGGACUCGCUGCAGAUGCCGGAAGGGGCCAAGCCGAGCUCAGCCAGCCCUGUUCCCCGCAGGGCUCUCAGUGCUGCGGGUGGAGUACGGGGACAUGUCUCAGGUCGGAGUCUUCUGCAUACACCCCAUCCCCAAAGGAGUCCGCUUCGGCCCUUUCCCAGGCAAAGUGGUCAGCGUCAGCGAGAUCAAGGUUUACGACGACAACUCGCUGAUGUGGGAGAUCUUUGAAUGCGAUCGCCUGAGCCACUUCAUAGACGGGAGAGGUGCCUUUGGCAACUGGAUGUCUCUGGUGAACUGUGCCAGGUACCCGGAGGAGCAGAACUUGGCAGCUAUCCAGUGCGACGGGCAAAUAUUCUACGAGAGCUGCAAGGAAAUCUUCCCGAAGCAGGAGCUGCUGGUGUGGUAUGGAGAUUGCUACGUGCAGUUCCUGGGCAUCCCGGUCAGCCUGAAGUACGGGGAGGACAGGAGGAAGCACCCGGAGGACCCCGAAGAAGCCGGGGAAAGCUUUAAGUGCGACCGCUGCGGCAAGGUUUUUGCCUACGAGUACUACCGGGACAAGCACCUCAAGUACACCCGCUGUGUGGACCAGGGGGACCGCAAAUUUCCUUGUAACCUCUGCAACCGAUCCUUUGAAAAAAGAGACAGGCUGAGAAUCCAUGUUCUACAUGUUCAUGAAAGACACCGACCUCACAAGUGCUCAGUGUGUGGAAAGAACUUUUCUCAGUCCUCCAGCCUGAGCAAACACCUGAGGGUUCACUCUGGGGAACGCCCCUACAAAUGUGUGUACUGCAACAAGGCUUUCACAGCAUCCAGCAUCCUGCGCACUCACAUCCGCCAGCACUCAGGAGAGAAGCCCUUCAAGUGCAAGUACUGCGGCAAAGUCUUUGCCUCACACGCAGCCCACGACAGCCAUGUGAAGCGCAUGCACAGGAAGGAGAGCACUUGCUCUGUGUGUGGAGAGCACUUCCUGGAGCAGGAGGAUUACAAAGUCCACCUGAAGAUGCAUGAUGCUUAUUAAUCAAGAACCCUGUGGACAUGUCUUGGUCCAGCUUAUGUGUGUAUCUGUCUAUGUGUUUGUUCAUAGUUUUGUGCACAUCGCAGGAGGUGACAUAUACCCUCACAGUGACUCUUUGGGUACGUCCAGUCCUCUGGACCCUGGGCAUAGUUUCUCACCUGGGUACAUUGAUGCCACCCUGGACUGGGGUAAAGUCCAAGAUGUGCUACCCUACC